AUGCUGUCACCAAUUGUGGCCGUUUCCAAUUCCACAAAAACCAUUGAAUCUCCCAGUAACGACCAAGAUGAAAGUGAGUUGAGAGAAUUGCUUGAGGGAAUGGAAGCCCUAUCGUAUCCUGAAAAGUUCUACGAAUGUAGGUCGACAGACGUGCAGCAAGGAAGCGGAGUAUUACAAGAGAAGUACCUGGAAUCAAGCACGAUUCUAGAAGAAGCUCCACAUACCCAGCCUGAGAAAGCGCCCGAGAUAAGAACCGGAUCUGUAAAGGAAAGCAGCACCUCUUUCAAUAACUUCCCUCAAACAUCUUCAGCACCAUUACUUGUGGAAAAUGUAAAUAGUUACACCUUUCCCCCAACAUCAGCCAAUGCAGAAUACAAAAUCAGUCAAGAGAGGAAUACUCGAAAGUUUUACAGAAUUCCAUUGCGAACAACAAAAACCACUUCAAGAAGGCAGCUUUAUCAAACUUAUGCUCUGGUGAUGCAGUCAGUUCAGUUUGAUUCUUUUCAAGAGAGCACGUCAGACAGUAGGUAUGAAUUUGAUACAUGCUCAGUGGUUCUAAAAAGUGCAACCAAUAGUAGUAAAGGUAGUACACCAAGCAGAGGGAGUUCUAGAGCAGAAAUCGAUAAAAGCAAGAAAGAUACAGAAGGGGUUGACAAGCACAGUCAGAAGUAG